AUGCCAGGACAGGACAGCCUGGGGAAAUACGUAGUUGGGUGGUCACGUGACGGCCACGUGAAGUGGUUCGACGACGCCGCAUCCACGCUUCCUCGACUUCAUUCACUCACCAUCAAUUCAUCUAAUGUCAGCGUCAACAUAGCCCACGAGUCGGCGAUUACUGAGCGUCGUCGCAGAAGCCCCUAUCCGGCAAUUGGCCAAGUACAUAUCGGCAGCUUUACACCCCAGCAGUCCGCAAUGGAACCAAGCGGCUCAAACUCAGAUAUGCUCUCAGGAGUACCGGCUUCUCCCGGCGCAAAUGGAAACGGCGUCGAUAGGCCCUCAGAUGAGAAAGUAGCGACCCUUGCGCCGUCGCCCUCGAAGGCGACUUAUUCGCCGCAGUUUUCUGCAGCUCAUUCCUGGAUCCUGAGCAGAGCGCGGACUGGUAGCGCAGGCGCAUCGAAACCAGCUUUGCAAAAUGAAACUCUCUCAAAUUCGAACAGCGAGAAGGAUGGAAGUAGCUCCGCAGUCCCAGGCGCCAGCAACUUCACAGCCUCAACAUUACCUAUGCCCAACACCCAGCAGCCCAGUCUACAGGAACGGUCCAUGUCGGAUGUUUCAGAGAUCGCCAGGCGAUACAUACACUCCUAUUCGCCGGGCCUUAAGAGGAAGCGUGCAGCAGAGGAGGCUGACAUCGACUUCUCCCAAAGCACAAUCCCAUUCAAGGUGCCAGUGCGCCCUGCGCCUGCACCCGCCCGUGCAUCCGACGCACUAGCGAGUAGCCAGGGCUGUUCCAAGUGCGGCAUUCAAACCUCAGUACCGCAAAACACACUCGUCGUCUGCCACGGCUGUCUCAAGCCAUUUCAUCAGCAAUGCCUCUCCUGGACGUCAUCUUCGGAAGGCGUGGCUUCCAAGCCAGGGACCUUCUGCCAAGAGUGCCUAAUUAAGAGCGGGGAGCAGUCGGGAGGCGCAAGCAGCGAGGCUCAAGAUCGACAGUUCAUCGUCGAAAAGAUUCGCCGCAGGCGGCUGGCGAAUCUGCCUCCCGGGGUGAUCCCAGCCAAGCCAGAGCUCGUCGGCUUCCUGGCCAGACAGGCAUCCGACGUAGAGGUAAGGAGACAUCGCACCGAGUACUUCUUCGGUAAGAAAAGGACAGAGCUGCUCAACAUUCUGUCACUCUGCGACCAGCUCAAGCCCCAGCUCCUCAUUGACAUACUCGUGUCCGUGUCCAAGAAGCACCCCGACCUCCCCAUCUUUGACGACCCGGAGUGGCGGGAGAACCUCCCGGGGGCUGCUGCUGCCGCCGCUGCGGCCGCCGAAGCCGCCCCUCCCAGGCCCCGCAUCACAGCUGGAGCCAAACCCCGGGCGCGCCACGGCCACACGCUACUGCACCCCAAGGCAGGCACCCGCAAAGUCAAGGGCAGCAGGAAGGUGCUCAAGCGCAUCACCGUCAUCCGGCCAAAGAAGGAGCCGGGAACGGCCGGUGAGGCGCGUCCGGCGAGAGCUGAAGGCGACGAGGCGGGAGAAGACGUGGAGGAGGAAGAGGAGGAGGAGGAAGAGGAAGACGCCCUGCCGCCGACGUGGCCCAAGGCCGGCGAGGGUCUGUACGCGAAGCUGCCGCCCGAGAACGAGGACCGGCGCUUCCUGGAGGACGAGAACGACGAGGAGGCGUUCAGUCACUUCAUGGUGGACAAGGAGGGCAAGCAGAUGGUGGUGCCGGCUUGUGCGUGA